AUGACCUCAAUGACCUCCUUCCUCGACCCCCACCUCGAGCAAAUCACCCUCUCCUCCCAAGCCCUCUCCACCCUCCCCUUCGCUCCCCCUAAAAUCUUCACAAACGCAAUCCUUCACUCCACCGACAUCGUCUCCCUCAUCCGCGACACCGACGCCCACGAACGCGCCCUCUUCACCGUCCCCUCCACCACCACCUCCACGUCCACCGCCACCGUCCCCGACGCCGACAAGAAGGGCCGCGUCUCCAUCGCCCCGCGCAGAAACACGGCGGUCUACUCCGUCCUCGGCGGCGACAUGGUCGAGAAGCUGCGGCGCGGCGGCGCGGGCGGGGUUGGGCGAGGGGUCGGUGGCGUGCCGAUGCCGACGGGGGAUGUGGAUGUGGAGGUACUACUGAUGGGCGCGGAGAGGUUGGGGGCUGUUCAUAUCCCUGGUGCUGCGGAGCGGAUCGAGAGGGCGCGGGAGAGGUUCGAGCAGCUGUCGGAGUCGCUGGAGAACUAUGAGGCGCUAGUAGAUGCGCAGAAGGCCGAGUUGGACCUGCUGCAUGGGCGGAGCGGUGGUGGUGAGGUGGAGGAUGAGGAGGAUGAUGCGAUGGAUGGGGUGGUGUAUGAGGAUGAGACGGCGUAUCUGAGGCCGGGGGAGGAGAUGGUGACGGAGGAGAUGAUCCGCAGGGAGGAGGAGGAGAUUGGGGAGUUGGAGAGGAAGAAGGCCGAGUUGGAGGCGAGGAUUAGGAAUGCGGAUAGACGGUAG